CCUACGACUUUUUUUUACAAAGUGCCCGCGUUACUACGUCGCGCCCUUCCCAGUCUCUACGACUAAUUUUUUCCAUUCUCAAUUCAAUCUUUUUCCAUCGCGGUUCCCCAUUCCUUGUUGGCAUUGGUUCACCGCUUCCGCAGGAAAUUCCCCUGAUUGUGCACUCCACUACAGUUAUCCUCCCCCACUAUCCUUCGACGCAUACGAUGCCCCCUCAGCAGCAAGGGCAAUUCAUGAACCACGACGAGAGAGGCCCGCGCAGCUCUCGCGAAGCUCGCCAGGCUGCCCGGGCGGCCAAGAAUGGCAACUCGCACUACAGGCGCGCGCACUCGCCUGACCAGGACGACUUUGCCUUCAGCGGCGGCGAGGAGCCUCGCAGCCCCGCGUCCGACGUUGCCCUGCAGGAUGCCAUUCUAGCACAAGCACAGGCGCAUCAGCAACGAGUCGUUCCCGUCGGUCAGCAGGGAGGUCGCGGCGGUCCGCCCCAGCGCAAACCACCAGGAGGCCCUCCCAACGGCAACGGCCAAGGACCUCCUUUGAACAAGCAGCCCCCGUCGUACCCAGGACCACCACUCGACGACGGCCCCCAGAACAACGGCCAGAACAACGGCCAGCCAAGGCAAGGCCAUUACAGACGAAACACAGGCCAACCGGUGCGCCGUCCCUCGGGAUCCGAAGGCCCAUCGAACACUGCUGUAUCCCCUCAGCGCUCAGGGGCAGCUCCGAAUGAUCGACGGGCCCAGUUGAUGGCCGAGUCACAGCAGAGAGGGCCUCCGUCGCCCGGCGGCCUGUCCGCGUCGGGCAACUCCAUCAACCGCCUCAACAGCCCGAGCGUUAUGAAGAGUGUGCUCCAGCCGCUCGAGCAGAAGAUGCACGAGUACGACAACCUCAUGCAAGAGGCCCAGCAACAGAUGCUGCAGCUAGACGAGGAGCUCCGCAUAAUGCAGGACCGGAGAAUGCAGGCCGAGGAGCGAUAUCUCGAAGCAAAGUCGAAGCACGACGAGUAUGAACGCCAGCACGAGGGCGUGGGCAGGGCACUACGUGGCGAGCCGGAGAGGCUGAUGUCGCCGGAGCCGCUGCAUCGAGUCGAGAUACUGGACCACAGCUACGACGACCGACCAGUCAGCAACCAGAGCUCUCAGAAGAUGAAGGGCCGGUCCAGGCUCCGCUUGAGCCUCUUCAAGGGCAAUUGACUAUCGUUAUGCGGAGGGAGAGGUGAUGGUUGAUGGCUAAUGUAUAAUGACUCCAAGGUCUUCGGGCCAGAUGAACCAUGUAUAGCGAUAUAGAAUUGUUGGCAGGGCAAAAUUUGGGCACCAUGUUACGGCUGAGGAAAACGGGUAGGGACGGUGGCAAUUUGUCGGCGCAACACGCAACUUCUGGUUAAAUUGUUUAAUAUCACACAUAGUUCGGAACUUCA